GUCCAUGGCCACUUACUCCAGCCUAAUUAGUAGUACCUACUGCACCUUCCCAUUUACAAUAUAAAGAUCCCACCAAGUCGGCGCAACCUCUACCGUCCGAUCGAGCUUCCACCAUCCGUGAUAAGCCUCAGUUGUAGGUGUGCAGGAGAAAGUUGCUCGUCUAAAGUGCAGGCACGUCUCUGCAUAUUCUCUCGUUCUCGCUUUACAGACGAAAAUGGAGCUAUGAUGUGAGACUGAGUGUAAAGAAGGAGUCGAUCGAGGGGGGAGGGAGAGAGAGAGUCAAAGAACAGAGCACGAUGUGGAAAUAUCUUCUGAUAUGGAUGAUCAUCUCCUGCUUGGGUUUUACUCUGUGUUUCUCUCGUCCAGGACGAGCUCCAUUUGCUAUGCGUAUAAGCUGUGGAGCUCAACAGGAUUCUCAAACAAAGCCGACAAAGACCCGCUGGCGUAAAGACUUUGGAUAUACUGGAGGAAUAUCCGUUAAUGGAACACGUCCAAGUUAUAUCACCCCUCCGCUUAAAACUCUCCGCUAUUUCCCGUUGUCCCAAGGUCCUCAAAAUUGCUACGACAUCAAUGGUGUGCCAAAGGGGCACUACUCAAUCAGGAUCUUCUUUGGAAUUGUUAUACAGCAGAGUGUUAUCAGCGAACCACUCUUUGAUAUCUCAAUUGAUGGCACUCAAACUCAUUCUUUAAAACCAGGUUGGACCAAUGAGGACGAUCAAGUAUUUUCAGAAGCUCUUGUCUUUCUUCCUGACGGUUCUGUUUCUAUCUGUUUUCAUAGCACUGGUCAUGGAGAUCCAGCAAUCCUUUCAAUUGAGAUUCUUGAAAUUGAUGAAAAAGCUUAUUAUUUUGGUCCGCAAAGGGGUCAAGGGAUAAUGCUUAGAACAGUUAAAAGACUGAGUUGUGGCUAUGGACAGUCAAAAUUUGACAUAGAUUACGGAGGGGAUCCCUGGGGAGGGGACAGAUUUUGGCAACACAUUCAAACUUUUGGCCAGGGUUCUGACCAACCCAGAUCUGUUGAAACUAAGAUCAAAGAGGCUUCACUUCCACCAAACUUCUAUCCAGAAUCCCUUUAUCAAUCUGCGCUCGUUAGUACCGAUAGUCAGCCUGAUUUAACAUAUACAAUGGACGUGGAUCCCAACAGAAACUACUCUAUUUGUUUACAUUUUGCGGAGAUUGAUAAUUCAGUGACUGCUGCAGGGCAAAGAGUGUUCGACAUAUUGAUUAAUGGUCAUGUUGUCCUCAAAGAUGUAGACAUUAUAAAUAUGAGUGGCGAUCGUUAUACCACCCUUGUUCUCAAUACAACAGUUUCUAUUGAUGGGAGGACUUUAACGAUAACCUUGCAGCCAACAGGAGAUAGUGAUGCCAUAAUCAGUGCCAUUGAGAUAUUUGAGAUUAUUAUGCCCGAAUCAAAAACUUUAUCAGAGGAAGGUCUCUUUCCCUUUCUGAUUUCUGCCGUGGUUUCCAAAGCUUCCACCUAUCAGAAACGAAUUAGGGCUUUACAAACAUUGAAGAUGGCUUUGGUACUUCCGUCCAGGUUUGGGUGGAAUGGUGAUCCGUGUGUUCCUCAAGAGCAUCCUUGGACUGGGGUGAAUUGCCAAUUAAAUAGAAGUAUUGGCAAAUGGGUCAUUGAUGGACUUGAUCUUAACAAUCAAGGUCUGAAGGGUUUCUUGCCGAAUGACAUAUCCAAACUGCAAAAUCUACGUACCUUGAAUUUGAGUGAAAACAGCAUUCGUGGAGCUAUUCCAUCCUCACUUGGAACAAUAACCGGUUUGGAAGUGCUGGACUUGUCCUACAACCUCUUCAAUGGAUCAAUUCCAGAAAGCCUUGGGCAGUUGACAUCUUUAAAAAGAUUGAAUCUUAAUGGAAACUCCCUGUCUGGAAGAGUUCCAGCAGCACUUGGAGGAAGGCUUUUGCAUAGAGCUAGCUUUAAUUUCACUGACAAUCCGGGUCUGUGUGGUAUACCUGGAUUACCCACGUGCGGAGCUCACCUUUCUGCUGGUGCUAAAGUUGGCAUUGGAUUAGGUUCUUGUGUUGCAUUUCUACUUCUUGUUACCUGUUCAGUUUGCUGGUGGAAAAGGCGGCAAAAUAUUCUCCGAGCUAAACAAAUUGCAGCAAGGGCAGCUCCCUAUGCAAAAGCAAGGACGCAUUUAUCUGACAUCCAGUUGACAAAGCAUCAUCCCCACCCCCACCACCACCGUGGUAAUGCCCACACCGCAGCUGAGAAUGGCCCUGUAUUGCUUUCAUGAUGUCAUCUCAUCUUUUUGAUACACCAUCGGGUCCAAGCAUUACUCUAUCUCCUCCCUUCAUUUUUUGAUUUUUUUUUUUUCCCCAAAUCGAAGAAACUCCCUCCUAUGUUGGUGGCAUGAGUGGCAGAUAAUCUGAUAUAUCUAGGUAAAAGUCUUGUAUACUCUGUUCUCUUGAUUAUUAAGCCAUAGUUUCUUGACUUGAGCCCGCUGAAUUCCCAUAUAGUUUAAAAGUGCUGAGAACACACACUGUGCCCUAUGUAAAUCAGAAAAUUUUGUGCA